UGCUCUCUCGAUCAGUCCUCAACCAUACAGUGCCCUCCAUCCACACAGUGCGCGUGAAGGUGCACAGGCUCGGUGACACUGCGUCCAGGUCUUGGGGAAUACGAGGCAAGUUGGAAGAAGACAUUUUAAGGACAGCAAUAAUACACAACAAAUUCUCGGCGCCACCGUGCAGAAUAUUUUGUAAUUAUAGUAAAAUGGCAGAUCCAAUGACCCAGUUCGACCAGAUAUCAUCGUCGCAGGGGCUGGCCGAUGGACAAAACUCUGUUGCGGCCAAAGACUCAAAAAUGUCCGAUUCCUUUCUUUCCUCUUCGCCUGUAUCUCUCAUUCAGUCUCCGCAAGUCAAGGACUUGGUGCACUGGCGAGACCCCAAGAAGUCUGGCGUGGUGUUCGGCCUGUCCCUGCUGACGCUCCUGUCCCUGGCGGCGUUCAGCGUCAUCAGUGUGAUCUCCUACCUGCUCCUCGCCCUGCUCUGUGUCACCAUCACCUUCCGCAUCUACAAGUCCGUCGUCCAGGCCGUGCAGAAGUCCAACGACGGACACCCCUUCAAGGCUCUGAUGGAGAAGGAUGUCAGCAUUCCCCCCGAGACCUUCCACAAGCACGUGGACGUCAGUUUGACCUACAUCAACCGAUUCCUCAAACAGAUGAGCAAACUCUUCCUGGUCGAGGACCUCAUCGACUCCCUAAAGCUGGCUGUAGUGAUGUGGCUGCUGACCUACGUAGGAGCCGUCUUCAACGGCAUCACCAUCCUCAUCCUGGCUGACAUCCUCCUAUUUGCCGUGCCCCCGUUCUAUGAGAAGAACAAGACCCAGAUUGAUCGCUACAUGGAGAUUGCACGCACUCAAGUCAACACCACAAUGGCUAAGUUGCAAGAGAAACUCCCUGGAGCCGUCAAGCGUACGAAAGCUGAAUGAGCGGCCCGCAGACAUCUAAAUCACCAUCCUCAUCACAUUUAUCCCAUCUUAAAUCCCCUCCUCCCUGCCAUCCCCUCCUUCUCAGUCCUCCUCCCCCUAUCCACCCUCUAACCCCCACUCCCUCCCUCUUUUCCACCAACCACCAUACCAUCUGCACUGAACCAGCUAGGUAGAAGAAAACAAGUAAUGCUACUCAAUAUUCAAUGUAAAACCGUGCAGCUUAACUAAGAGCAUUUAGAGAAAGAACUUCGCCUACUGUGUCUACAGGAAACACGUCUAGCGGGAGGAAAUGAUGUAAUGCCGUGGCAGGACGCCUGUCUUUGGGCACACUAAAAAAUGAUGCAGGGGUCAAGUGAACUAGACGGAAUCUAUGACCUGGUUUUGUAGUGUACAGUUGGAGUGUGUAGGGUUUGUCAUUGACGAGUGAGGAUGAGUGUUAGUCUCGCAAAAAAAGCAAAUGUCUGUACUUUUAACUAAUAUAUUCAGCUGAAAGUAAACAAAACAAGUAGAAAAGUAAAACGCAUAAAAAGAGCAAAAUGAUUUUAAAAACGUACCUUUGGGUGUAAAUUGUGGCUUGUCUUUUUCCUGCUCUCUCGCUCUGUGACAGCUGUGUGGAUAAACAAAAAAUAUAUCAAGUUUGUGUUUGGAACGUGGUACUGGGAUUUCACUGUUACGGAUUGGCCUGUUUUGGUGUUAUUGUGUUUUGUUCACCUUAAAGGCACUUAUGUAUGUAUAACGUUUCUGCAAUGCACUGAACUUUUUUUUAUUUUUAUCCCACGAGCAGGUUGAAAUAAAAGGAUUGGAACACUGAA